GGCUUCCAGCAGUGCAUCCUCUAGCCGCCAACUGUAGGAACGCGUUGACCACGUAGCGGCAAUGCUAGGAGACAUAAGUGCCUUCACAGAGCCGGCCACCAUCAGCCAGCGGUUCGAGUUGCUGGACACCAAGRUCAGUCAGCAACAGCAGACCGACCACAGCCACAACAACAGCUCGGCGAGGCCAUACAAGAUGCCGACGUUUCGGAUCGAGAAAUUUGAUGACUACACACAUCAAGACCCGGUCGUCUGGUGGCAAGGAUUUACAACGGAGUUGGGGAUUCACGAGGUCCCUGACCAUCUGUUCAUCAGUGCUCUGUUCAUCAACACUAAGGGAGGAUGUCAGAUCUGGCUCAGCCACAUGGCAACCAUCCACGGCGUCCAGGUUUCAGACCUGUACAAGAAGGUCUCCUGGGAAGAUAUGACAAAGGAAUGGAAUAAGUGGUUCAUCGUCGACGACGCCCCGACACUCGCCAUCAACCGCAUCUUCACGAUGGCUCAAGGGAGCACACCGACACGUGACUGGCUCACGGAUUGGCAGAAGAUCGUGGCAAUGCCCGAUUUGGACUUGCCAUUUCCGCAUUUGCGGCGUGAGUUCUACAACAGGUCAUGCGCCGCUCUCAGCCUCGCACUUGGUGAUCACGAGCAGUACAACACUUUCGCAGAGAUCAUCAAUAAGGCGAGAGAGAUCAUCAAGACUAACAGGGCGGCUGCGCACGAGAAGUCCACGUGGCAGCCAACCUAUGUGGAAAAGGUACGAACUGGUCCACGACAGCAGCAGUUUGCUGCAGUCCAGUCGGAUAGUGGAGAUAACCCAGCAGCCACUCCAGCAUCAAGUGACGGAGAUCAGGUGGCUGCUGUCCAGCCGCAAAGCAACAACAAGUCCCGCAACAAUGGGAAGGUGAAAUCCGCAUCGCAGGCCGGAAAUGGACAGCCAGUACAAGUUCCAUGGGUCAAGUUCGGCUUGACCGAGGCGGAGUACAAGGUCCGCGGCAGCUACGGCAGCUGUUCUCGUUACACUUACGAGGACUAUGCUGUCCACUUGGUUCCACCGCAGGACCAACCGCUCCACGUGCAACAAUCUACCGCAUGCACGGUUUCAUCACCAUCGUCAACCGAUUUGGCAGCUUCGCCGCCAUCUAUCAUCGGGGAUUCAUCGUCAUGGUCAAGACUUGAGGUGCUCAACCCACUGACGUUCACGGACUUCCAGUGGAUGCCCGUUCCCCCAACCGGACGAUUGUCGAAACCGCAUUGCAAUGUGCUCAUGGCACAACUGCGGGAUUACUUGCACACUGCAGUACCAGCUCCGUUGAUGGACGCCGGAGUAGAGGUUGUCGACCUUCACGCUUACAUUGCGAAGAUCGACCGCGAGUUCAAGACGCAACGGAUCUUGGGCAUGUCAUGGCUGCGAAGCGAGGAUCACCCGGUGAACUUCUUCCACCGCACCGUUCCCAUUCGUGAUCGGAAUGGAGUAUUAGUUCCAUGCACGAUACCUCUUCCUCAUCCUUCGAUUAGCUGCCACGUGGUAUCCGCCGCAAGCAUGCGAGCUUCCAUCAUCAGAGACGACAUCGAGGAGAUGGGGGGGUGUUUUCUCCACGCCCUCCCGCCCUAUGACGCUUCCUCGACGGACUCACCUUCGGAUCCACGCAUCACCGAGCUUCUCGACGCCUACAGCGACGUGUUCAAAGGCCCGCAUGGAGUAGUACCGGAUCGACCCAUCCGCGACGAGAUCAUCCUCGAGGACGGGGCCGUACCUCUGCGCGGUUGCAUCUACCGAAUGAGCGAGGAAGAGUUAAGUGUGCUUCGGGCACAACUUGACGACCUUCUGGAAAAAGGUUGGAUUCGGCCUAGCUCAUCGCCAUACGGUGCUCCUGUUCUCUUCGUCCGGAAGAAGAACAAGGAUUUGCGGUUGUGCAUCGAUUAUCGCAAGCUCAACACGCAGACGAUCAGAAAUGUCGGCCCUCUCCCACGCAUCGACGAACUUCCUGGGCGACUGGGCGACGCCAAGUUCUUCUCCAAGCUCGAUCUCAAGUCAGGAUAUCACCAACUCGAGAUUCGCAAGGAGGACCGUUACAAGACCGCGUUUAAGACGCGAUAUGGGCAUUUCGAAUGGCUGGUUAUGCCAUUUGGCCUUACGAAUGCCCCGACCACUUUCCAAGCGGCUAUGACAACGGAGUUCCGACACAUGUUGGAUCGAUACGUACUUAUCUAUCUCGACGACAUCCUGGUGUACAGCCGGAGUCUGGAGGAGCAUGUGGAACACCUGCGCACCGUUUUGGAGCGGCUACGACAGGCCAAGUACAAAGCCAACCGUGACAAGUGUGAAUUCGCGCGGCAGGAGCUGGAGUACUUGGGCCAUUAUUUUGGUGGCGAGUUGAGUGACUUUAUCAUUGUGUUGAGGAAGUACGAUGCCGUGAAGGCGUUUUGUGGGCGAGUACACCUAUCCGUUGGGGCAGGCCUGGGUGUUGCUGCCGGGCCCGUGGGACGAGUUGCGGAGGCAGAUAUACGCGCAGGGCGAGGCGGAGCGGCAGCAUGUUACUCCUACAGCUGCACGAAGGGAAUGUUUGUUGGCGUAUCCGUUGAAGGGAGUCUGGUACUCACGCGAUCGGAGGUCAACUCUCGAUUCUACGGCCACCAAUCUGUGAAGGCAGCCGACAUACUGCUGGGACAGGUGUCGAGCCCAAGAGCUGCAGCUCCUUUGUACUCUGCUUUAAGGGACCUGUUUGGGAGGGUUGAGAGUAUUACUCUGUGACUUGGGAGAGGGAGGGAGGGAGGGAGGGAGCAGUUUGGGUGAAGACGGGUGGAGGCGAAGCUCACAUUUUCAUCACGGCCAACAAGAGAAUGCAGGAUGUGUUUUUUUUUUCCCCCUCGAAGAGCACAAUAACCACAGCUUGGUUGGGGUUAGCCUUGGCAGUAACCGCACAGCCUUGUUGGUUGGGUGAGUCUCGGCGGUAACCGGGCACAGCGUAGUUGGGUUACCCUCCGCGGUAACUCCACAGCCUGGUUGGGUUAGCCUCGGCAGUUACUGCGCAGUAAAUGCGCAGCUUGGUUGGGUGAGUCUUGGCGGUAACCGAGAAGCUUACAGUUGGGUUACCCUCCGCGGUAACCCCGCAGCCUUGUUGGGUUAGCCUCGGCAGUAACAGUGCGCAGGCUUGUUGGGUGAGUCUCGGUGGUAACCGAGAAGCUUAUUGUUGGGUUACCCUCCGCGGUAACCCCGCAGCCUGGUUGGUUUACCCUCCGUGGUAACCCCGCAGCCUGGUUGGGUUACCUCAGCAGUAACAGCACGCAGGCUUGUUGGGUGAGUCUCGGCGGUAAACCGAGAAGCUUAUAGUUGGGUUACCCUCCGCGGUAACCCCGCAGCCUGGUUGGGUUAGCCUCGGCAGUAACAGUGCGCAGGCUUGUUGGCUCUGUUUCACAAUAUAUAUAUAUAUUCUCUCUGCCUACGGUUUACCGGGCAGUUCUGUUUGUGACGAUAUAUAUAUAUAUAUACGGAGCAUUUGCACAGAAUCAAGUACAUUUCACACGGUUCAGGCCGUGGUCCUCUGUGCAAUGGAGAUACCUGGAACCCUUGUGGGACUGCGUGGUGUGAUCCGGGACCACAGUCGUGGGACUCUGUGGCAAAGUGAACGAAGCAAUGGUCAUUAACCUGCGACGACCCGAGCACGAGAUCAACCGGCAGUGCGCUCACCGAUGUAGUGCUUGCGAUGUCGUGAGUAUUGUGGAUGUCUUGUCACCACUGUGCUGCUUGCGACGUGGUUAAUAUUGUGGAUGUCUUGUCCUGCACAAUGCCCUUGGCUAAUUGGAUUGUGCGAGCAACUUGUUGGUGGUUUUGCGUACAGCCCAACGUGCCCCCGGCAAACCCCCCGCACCCCCCACUGCAAAUAUCAUAACCAGGAGCACAAGUGUGGCGAUGCAUACACAUUCACGCAAAGGUGACAUCGUGUUUCGUACAAACCGCCACUCGCCAUGGUCGCGAGCAGGCGGACACCUUUUCCAGUUGGUGGUCCAAUGGAAUGAAGAUCCAACGGUCACGGUUUCGUUCUUUCCAUGCCUGCUAGAUUGACCUGAUUUCGCAGAUUGUACUCGAGUCUGGUUGUGUUGCCAUGUUCUCCUGCUUGCCAGCAAACACAUAAACCGACGCUGCCUUGCUCGUCGGGGUGCCCACCACGUAUUCCUUCGUAUCCUUCGAUUCCUUUUUCUGAAUCGUCGUCGAUUCCACGCCUUCAAGUUCGUUCGAGCUGUCGUGUAAUUUGUGACUUCUUACCUCAGUUAGUUGUACAUUCGCGCUUAUCGGAAGAUGGAUAUUUGUCCGCGAGAUGAUCCUUUCCGGUGCUUGAGAUCGUAUAAUAGCUCUUUGUUUUUUAAAAGGAUGCAGGAUUUUUGUGCUCUGGUCAUGGGGAACGGUCAGUCGGGCCCAUGGAAAUUAAUUUUCCGCUGUGAGAUCGAACAUGCCACAUGGGUAUUUACUAUUUAGGUUUGCUCUGUGCGAUUGACUUUCCUGCUGUUCCUUUUUUCUACAACAGAAUGCUGGGUCAGUUCUUGUCUUUGGAUUUCUUUUUUCUAACUUCUUCAACAAUGGAUGCAAAAAGCACUGUCCAGCAUGAACUGUGUGUCAGUUCUUGUCUGUUCUGUGAACAGCAGAGGAUUGUUGUUAUAACUUGUUGCUUUUUAGCCGACACAUCAGAGAUUC